UCAUCAUCAUCAUCAUCAUCAUCAUCAGUGUCUCACCGGGGGCUGCUACUGUGACAUUUCGCUACGUUCAACUCCAGUUGGUCGUUUAAGCUGUACGGUCCUGUACAUGGACAGGACGUCACACAUCGCUAAAGAAGAUAAACUAAGCUGCACGUUGAACACAGAAAUAUACCCAGCCAUUUGACCACUUCCAAGGAAAUCGCUCGCUUUCCCAUUUUUAUUUACCCUUUUUUUAUUUUUUUGUCAGCACACGCAGACGAAGGAGAUUUACAAAUGCCAACCAGCAAGCCAGGAGGUGUGGCACCGUGGCCGUGUGUCGUUUGUUGUGGGACGUGGAGCGGUCACUUUGCUUCUGAAGAUGUGAGGGAAAAAAGGAAAUCAAGAGUCAGAGUAACUUCAUACGUCACACGUGAUCACCACAGCAACUAAUUGUCACCUUUAAGUGGGGGACUUUACCUGCGCUCUCGUGGAACUUGGGGAAGGGUGCGCUCCAUGUUUCAUCUAGGACACACCGGUACCGACGGUGCCGGCGGGACGUUGAAAUAAUAAUAAAAAUACACUUAUAAUAACAAAAAGAGGGGGGGAAAAAAAUCAAAAUUUUAGAGGGGGACUUGAGGCGGGCAGCUUCGCGCUGUGGACCGAGUGAUGCCGGACACGUUGAUGCUCCUGAAGAACCGGACAGAGCCACGGCUGGGGCAGCUGGAGCGCAGCCUUCCCGCGGAGGGGACCGCUCGCCCUGCCUGGGUCAUUGCUAUCCUGGCCAGUGUCUUGAUCUUCACCACGGUGGUUGAUGUGCUAGGAAACCUGCUGGUCAUCAUCUCGGUGUUCAGGAACCGCAAGCUGAGAAACGCAGGUAAUGUGUUCGUGGUUAGUCUGGCAUUUGCUGACCUUGUGGUAGCCUUCUACCCCUAUCCCCUGGUCCUUUAUGCUCUCUUCCAUGACGGCUGGGCGCUUGGAAACACUCAGUGCAUGGUCAGCGGUUUCCUUAUGGGGCUGAGUGUCAUUGGCUCCAUCUUCAACAUCACUGGGAUUGCAGUGAACAGAUACUGCUAUAUCUGUCACUCCUUCUCCUACAGCCGACUGUACAGCUAUCGCAACACGUUGCUGUUUGUUGCCUUAAUUUGGGUGCUCACUAUCGUGGCCAUCGUCCCUAAUUUCUUUGUUGGUUCUCUGCGCUAUGACCCCCGGGUCUACUCCUGCACCUUUGCCCAGAAUGUCAGCAGUUCCUACACGGUGGCGGUGGUAGUGGUUCACUUUCUGGUUCCCAUUGCAGUAGUUACCUUUUGCUAUCUUCGUAUUUGGAUUCUUGUGAUUCAGGUGCGACGCAAAGUAAAGACUGAUGACAGCCCUCGUCUCAGACCAAGUGACUUGCGGAAUUUUAUCACCAUGUUUGUUGUAUUUGUCCUGUUUGCAAUCUGCUGGGCCCCACUCAACUUGAUAGGAUUGGCAGUGGCUAUAGAUCCAACUCGCGUGGGUCCCCACAUCCCCGAGUGGCUUUUUGUUGUAAGCUACUUCAUGGCCUACUUCAACAGCUGCCUGAAUGCCAUCAUCUAUGGUUUACUCAACAGGAAUUUCAGGAACGAGUACAAACGCAUCGUCACCUCUGUCUGGGUGACGCGGCUGUUUGUGACGGAGACGUCGAGGGCUGCCACGGACGGCAGGAGCAUGAGGAGCAAGCAAUCGCCCCCGCCGCUCAACAAUAAUGAGUCAGUCAGAGACCGUGCAAACAAAGAAUGAACCUUGGAUAUUUGAGGGUUUCAUGUGGUAAUUCCUGUUUUUAUGUGAUAUCAAGGCAGUUGUGCAGCUAAAGAGUAACAAGAAACUAAUGAAACUGGAAACUGUGGCUUUGGUUCCUAAUUCACAGCAGAGAUUUGAACACUUAAAGAACACACAAAGCUUAUGGAAGUCUCUGAAGUGCUUUUAGAAUUAGCUCAUCUUUUAAAGAGAUGACGUGUGCUCUGUCGGAGUCAUUCACAUCCACAAAGCAAAAAGCCCAGCAUUGCAGUUUCAUUAUGUAAUUAUUACUUUUGACAGACUGAUUGGUACUAUACGAUUACAAUGAAAAUGUGAUAUCCUUUAACUUCUGCUGCUGUAGACGUGUUUCACAAAACUGGGUAAGCACCACUAGUAAACACAUUUUUUAGUAACUUCAAACGCCUCAAAUAAUUAAACUCGCCUCACCUGGAAGCUUUAGAAGGAGCUUUUCAUAACUGAGAUAGGAGAAUGACAGAUAGUAAAGUCUGUCAUUUUAUUAUCAGAGUUUAACAUGUUAUGUGGUUAGAUUUACUCUAUCAACAUAAAUGCUGCAGUAGCAUACCUUAUACUGCCUAGUUUGAUCGUUUUUGCACUAAAAUAACAGGAAAAAGAACUUAGUAAAAAACAACUUAGUAAAUGAAUUCAGGAUAUUAAUUAAGGUUUGUUUGACAAGUUAAAUCUAUCAUCAAGUCACCUCAUAGGAGUUUUUAAUUAAUUUCAUUUUUUUAUAUCUUUUGCAUGUGAUGUGGAAUGUGGAGGAAACCUUACUCUUGUUGCUGUUCCAGCCUAUAAACCCACAGUUUUCAGCUACUGUAAUCUGAUCUAUAGCCUUAGCAGAAAACUAUAUAUAGUGAGAGGCAUAAUUUUGUAAAACAUAAUUUAUAUCAUAAUUUGGUUAAUUAACAUAAGCAU